CUUCUUGUUUCCCACAAUGCUCAGCGACUGUCACCACCAAGAUGGCCGACGCUAUGGAGGAAUAUGAGAAAGAAGCUGGCUGCGUCCCUAUUCUCCAUCCUGAGGAAAUCAAACCCCAGAGUCAUUACAACCACGGCUACAGCGAGAACGUCAGCCGGAAAAACCAUGUGGACGACUACAGCACCUGGGACAUCGUCAAAGCCACACAGUACGGCAUCUUCGAGCGCUGCCGGGAGCUGGUGGAGGCGGGCUUUGACGUUCGGCAGCCAGACAAAGAAAACGUAACACUCCUCCACUGGGCGGCCAUCAACAACAGGAUAGACUUGGUCAAGUACUAUAUAUCAAAGGGGGCCAUAGUUGAUCAGCUGGGAGGAGACCUCAACUCUACACCUUUGCACUGGGCCACAAGACAAGGCCAUCUAUCCAUGGUGGUGCAGCUGAUGAAGUAUGGCGCAGACCCGUCUUUGAUCGAUGGUGAAGGUUGCAGUUGCGUCCAUCUGGCUGCCCAGUUUGGCCACACUUCUAUUGUGGCAUACCUCAUCGCCAAAGGACAGGAUGUGGAUAUGAUGGAUCAGAACGGCAUGACUCCUCUCAUGUGGGCAGCUUACAGGACACACAGCGUUGAUCCCACCCGACUGCUGCUGACCUUUAACGUGUCGGUCAAUCUGGGCGACAAGUAUCACAAGAACACGGCGCUGCACUGGGCCGUGCUGGCCGGGAACACCACCGUCAUCAGCCUGCUGCUGGACGCCAACGCCAACGUCGAUGCACAGAACAUCAAGGGUGAAACGCCUCUGGACCUGGCCAAGCAAAGGAAGAAUGUCUGGAUGAUCAAUCACCUACAGGAAGCGCGGCAGGCCAAAGGUUACGACAGCCCGUCCUAUUUGAAAAGGCUGAAGAUGGACAAGGAGUUCAGGCAGAAAGUGAUGCUGGGAACACCGUUCGUUGUCAUCUGGCUGGUGGGUUUCAUCGCUGACCUGGACGUCGACUCUUGGCUGAUCAAGGGCAUCAUGUAUGCGGGCGUCUGGGUCGCCGUGCAGUUCCUCUCCAAGGCUUUCUUUGACCACUCCAUGCACAGCGCUCUGCCUCUGGGAAUCUACCUGGCGACCAAGUUUUGGAUGUACUCCACCUGGUUCUACUGGUUUUGGAACGAUCUCCCAUUUGCCACGGUCCAUAUACCCUUCCUGAUCAACACCCUGGCUUUGUUCUACAACUUUGGCAAGUCCUGGAAGUCUGAUCCGGGAAUCAUUAAGGCGUCAGAGGAGCAGAAGAAAAAGACAAUUGUGGAGCUAGCCGAGACGGGCAGCUUGGAUUUAAGCAUAUUCUGCAGCACCUGCUUGAUACGGAAGCCCAUCCGGUCCAAACACUGCGCCGUGUGCAACCGCUGCAUCGCAAAGUUUGACCACCACUGUCCUUGGGUGGGCAACUGUGUGGGGAGUGGAAAUCACCGCUACUUCAUGGGCUAUCUCUUCUUCCUGCUCUGUAUGAUCUGCUGGAUGAUAUAUGGCUGCAUCUCCUACUGGAGGAUGCACUGCGCCACCAGUUACGCCAAGGAUGGUUUCUGGCUCUACCUGACGCAGAUCGCCUCAUGCUCACCCUGGAUCUUCUGGAUGUUCCUCAACAGCAUCUUUCACUUCAUGUGGGUGGCUGUGCUCAUCAUGUGUCAGCUCUACCAGAUCGCAGCUCUCGGAAUCACCACAAACGAGCGGAUGAACGCUCGCAGAUACAAGCACUUUAAAGUCACGGCCACCUCCAUCGAGAGCCCCUUCAACCAUGGCUGCAUCAGAAACCUCAUAGAUUUCUUUGAGAUCCGCUGCUGUGGCCUGAUCCGGCCUGUGUCAGUGGACUGGACCACACAGUACACAAUAGACUACGACCAGACCUCCGGCUCAGGCUACCAGCUGGUGUAGAGAAGGAAGUGGUGGACGAAGAGAAGACGGCGGGGGGAGUGAAGAGUGGAUAGCAAAGCUUUUGGAAGUAUUAACGCCCCCCCCCCCCCUUGGCGUUCAUAUCUUGCUGUUCUCCAGAGCGGUUUUAUUCAUUUAGGUUUUUUCUGAUUUUUUUUUUUUUAUUAUUUUUUUUUUUUUUUUUUUGUGGACCAUCUCUCCUUCGCUGAUUAAAAGCCUUUGGGGAGGAAGAAAAAAAGAGAAUUGGACAGGACAAGCAUGCAGUUAUGGGACAACAUCAUCACCCUUGCCCUUUUUCACUACUACCACCCCCACCUCCUCUCCUGGGCUUUUUGGACGGUGUGUUGCUGCCAAACACAAGCGGGAGGGGAGAGCGGCCGCCAGAGAAGAGUUCUGAAAUAAAAGCUCGCCUGUCUGUCCCGGAGACGUGAAGCCGCCCCGGGGAGACGAGCCAGCGCCGUUCCUUUUCCCCUCCCGUGCUCCAGAUCCUGUUUUCAGCGUCCCUGUGCGUAUUCCAUGUUCCGCACUGUGCUGAAGCAGAAACCUUUCGGUUCCUGCCAUGAUACACUUUUGUUGCUAGAGGCUAAAGACAGAAUUUCAGGAAAACGAAUCAUGAAUUUAAACUGUUAGCGUGACGAGAAAAAAAAAAAGGGAACGUCUUUUAAAAGGUCUGAAUUUUGCGCCCAGCUGAAUUAUGAACGGGAGCCAACGAGGACUGGCAGAACUUAUCAGAUGAACGUGUUGGUCUUCAGGAGGGAACUGCUGGAGGAAUCCCGCUUCCUCUAAAAAUCAAAGCUGCAUAAAAUGAUGCAGAGCUGGGACUCCUUCAGCAGUGACCACGCUGAACAAGACAGAUAUCCUCCAGAAAAUGUGAUACAGGUCUAUUUAUUUUCAAACUAUUUAUAGAGAAAGUAACUAUGUUCUCGCUGCGUCAUUUUAGCUUAGUCGGCUUUUUUUUAAUAAGGAAGAGAACAUUUUAAAGAGGUGGGUGGCAUGAAAGUGGAGAACUGUGUAGAAAACUACAGACAGGUACACUGAGUGUAUUUAUUAAUAGAAACGGAUGGAUAAGUUUACAGGAAAGCCUCAUUCCAGACAUUUCUCUUUUAAAGCUGUAAAGUCUUUUUUGUUUUGUUCUGCGUCUUUUUUUUUCUGCCUACAAUGUUGCACUGAUCACGUUUUACUUUAGUUAUAUGAAAAUAUAUAUAUAUAUAAAUAUUUUAUUUGGCCGUUACUGAAGAGAAGGUCCAGCAGCUUCAUGCCAACAUUUCCAUUGUUUGCAGAGGAAGGGCUCUUCAGACACGGGGCCCCUCUUCACAGAAACUCCCUGCGCAGUCGCCGCAGCAACAGGACGGACUGAGAUGUAAAGAAUGUGCAUUUGUACAUAAAAAAAACAAACAAAAAAAAAACAAUUUUCUUCUUUAUGUCAGUGUUAGUUGAAGGUGCUCCUGGGGAUGUUUUUUUUUUGUUGACCUAAACAUAAAGGAGACAGUCAAAUUUCCUAUAAUCCAUGUUGUAUGACUGUAGCUUUUAGUGACGUCCAACGCUGCUGUCUAUAGGCAUUUGAGCCCCUCCCCAGGUACCUGGAAUCUCUCCACUGCAUGCACGAUGCCUGGGACAGCCGGCCGCUCGCCGCCUUUCUCAACUGACCACUCCCCCCCCCCCACCCACCCCCAUCAUCCUGGUCACCAUGACAGCCCAGCAAAGCCACAUGUCUGUAUAUAGUGAAUGUUAAGUAUUUGCAAGUACGUUUCUGCAUUAUGUUCAUCCAGUUUUGUUUUUGAGUACUUUUCUUCAGAUCCAGUGCGUUCAGUGAGGUUGCCAGACUUCCCAGCUGGGCCAUCCCAAACAGGCGUGUAAUAUAUUUGAAUGUUUCAUACUCCCGAUUUUUUUUUUUUUUGUUCUUAUUUCUACGUCAUAGAUUGCUGGGUUUUGUUAUACCACUGGAUGUACAAAUUGUAAAGCGAAAAUACAACCUUUUUUUUUGUCCUUUUUCUAAAAAACAAAAAAUGUGUUCAUGCAUAGUUUUAAGGAUAGAAAGGUUAUAUUAAAACGGCUUCUGAAACGUUUUGAGCCUCAUGUUUGCAUCACCAGAAGAAGACGGUUGUGUGUCAUGUCAUACGCGCCAGCGUGCUGAACCACUGAUGUCACGGCUGCCCCACAGACGCCUCACGUGCGACUCAUAUCUUGCUCCUUUUGAAGUGGUGAAUGCUGGCGGUUUUGUUUGCAGGGCAGAGUUCACCACUUCAGGAUGGUGAUUUCAAAACCCAUCUCUUGUCACUAGUUCUUCCAGCAGCUGCAAACGUCUAUGGUCCCCCACCCCUCACCAUGUGGGAAAUAGAGUAAAAAAAAAAAGAAGCACAUAAUCAUCUCCAGUGCCUCUGUGCCCACCUUCAGAUACCACUGUAACUCCGCUUCAGAUGUAAACAUAUGGGCAUGGUUCAGUUUUAAUGGCUUUAAUAAUAAAAUACAGUCAAACAUGAA